AGGAGCAGCUUCCAAACUGUGGGCGUUUUUUCCCUCAAUCUUUUUUUAUUCCUGGGUGUUGCCUGCCUGGAAGUUUCCCGGAGUGUUGUAGAGAAGGAAAUACAAGCCGGAUCAUUUCUGUAACGACAACAUCCAUCAACUUUUUGUGUUGUUCAGCCGAGGCCCUCGCAGGUUGUUCCCGUUGUUCUGGUUUCAGUCGAGCACAGGACCGGUCUUUAGCUUAGCCGCCGUUAGCUAGCCGAGCUAACCGGGAUCGAGCUGCUGUAACGUGGGCUAGGCUGCUAGCAAGAGAGGCGUCCGAUGCAGGCCAUAAAGUGUGUGGUGGUGGGGGACGGGGCUGUGGGUAAAACAUGCCUGCUUAUCAGCUACACCACCAAUGCCUUCCCUGGAGAGUACAUCCCCACAGUCUUUGACAACUACUCUGCCAAUGUGAUGGUUGAUGGGAAACCAGUAAACCUGGGCCUGUGGGAUACAGCGGGACAGGAAGACUACGACAGGCUCAGGCCUCUGUCCUACCCUCAGACAGAUGUGUUCCUGAUUUGCUUUUCACUUGUCAGUCCAGCCUCUUUUGAAAACGUCCGUGCCAAGUGGUACCCUGAGGUGAGACACCACUGCCCCAACACGCCCAUCAUCCUGGUGGGCACCAAGCUGGACCUGAGAGACGACAAGGACACCAUUGAAAAACUCAAGGAGAAGAAACUAUCCCCCAUCACCUACCCUCAGGGCUUGGCCAUGGCUAAAGAAAUAAGUUCAGUAAAGUAUCUGGAGUGCUCCGCUUUGACGCAGCGCGGCCUUAAGACGGUGUUUGACGAAGCCAUCAGGGCCGUCCUGUGCCCCCCACCCACCAAGGACAAACGGAGGAGGUGCAAAAUAUUUUAAGGGACCACAGGGAAUAGAAAAUACGGUUGCAGUAAGAACUCGCCUACUCAGAGGGAAGAAGAUGAUGGCUGGGUUCCCCACAUAUCUAUUCACCCCUUGUGUCCUUGCUUACAUAGAAGCUCUGGUAGUUCACACUCCCAUCUGAAAACUCAUCACAGAUUUAAGCAGUGCUGAACAUUUUCUUUCAGCUAUGGUUUCAGUUUACUUACAUCCGUUUAUUUCUUUCACUUUGAUGGGAAUGAAGUGAUGUUGUAAAGGCCUUGGGGAAUGUGAGGGUGGGGGAUUUGAUCUGGGAUCUGGGGUUGAUUUAAGGAGGUGGAGGAGGAGGAGGGGGAGGAGGGGGAUUUACAACAAAAAAAAAAUUUGAAUCAUUUUUCUCAGACAUUACGGAGAAACACUACUCGAAUGUGAUUUUAUCAUGAAGUAACUGUAGAUUUAACUCUAAAAGAGAAUGAUGUCCUGCACUGCACAAUUUCCCCCCUACACACUAAGAGAUUCCUGCUGCCUUGAUGAAAUUUUACUUUGAGAAAAAUAUUAUUUAGAAGUUUUAAUGUCUACUCAUUUCAUCAUCAUGCCAGCUCUGGUUUAGAGACCGUUGUGUUUACAUGUGUCAUCUGACUAGACUGAGGUGUUGCCAAAAUUCAGUCAAUGGUCAUCACUUUGUAGUCACUCCAUAAAUACUAAAAUGUCUCUUUUUUUUUUUUCUAUUUUGUUGUAACGUGUACAAGAUACCAUCAUGGAGAAACAGUUUCACCCUUAGAUGACUUAUGACAAUUGUUGUAGCAGCUUCUAAGAUGAGUAAUAAUUACUAGUCUGUAUUUAACAAGCAUUUAAAACAAAGCCUCUGCUAGAUAAUUAACAGUUGAUUAUCUUGUUUUGUUCCAAAAAGCUGUCUAGAUGAAUGAAUGCAUUGCUCUCUUCUUGUUAAGUGAACACACUCCCACAUGACUAACUGUCUGGCAUGUGAAGUGCAGCCAGUGUUGUGCAGGUUCAUUCUCAAUCUAUCUGUAGAGGUUGUAUCAUGAUUUUAAGUUCCCACUAAGUUCUUUCUGAUUUUGACCACAUUUAUUCCUGUGUUUAAUGAAGUCUACAAACUAGUGUAUUCACGCUCGAAUGUUGCAACAGAUUGUAAUGUUUUUGUUAUACUAUUUGAGCAUUAACUAUUCAGCAAAUACAUUUUAUUUUGUAAUGAGCAAUGAUCAAAUUGCAUGGGUGCUCUGGGGAACCACUGUAAAUCUGGAUUUAUUUUAUCAGCGUUAAAUGGCGCAUUGGAAGUGCAUACUUGGAUUUAUCUUCUUGCUAAUUGCGGUUUAAUUUUUGCAUAGUAAUAGGGAGAUUUAAAAAAAAAAAAAAAAAAAAGCAAA